AUUUGACUCUCGCCAGCGGCAGAGUAUCCACUCCCUGACCAGCACACUCCUUUUUGCUGAACUUUGAUUGCAUCUCGAAGAGCGUCGACUCGCGGCUUCUGAACUGUUUCCCGUCAACCCAUCACCGACACGGAACUCUUCUGAACAAGUCACGAACACACUCCACAGCCGACGCAUCGCUCAGCAGGUCUAGCGAUUUCUCAGCAAAAGUUUUCAGCGCCCACUUCACACUCUUUCAACAUGAUGUUCAGUCAAACAUCCGCCCUCCUGGCCCUCGCCGCCAGUGCCUCGGCACACAUAAUCCUCGAAUAUCCCGUCCCGUAUGGAAAAGCCACUCUCAAUAGCUCUCCAUUGGCCCCGGGCGACUACCCAUGCAAGCAGCGCAGCGGCGUUUACGACGUCACCGAAAUGAACCAGUGGAACGCAGGCGAGACGAAGACCAUCUCAUUCAUUGGCUCAGCAGUCCACGGCGGUGGCAGCUGCCAAUUCUCCGUCACAACCGACAAGGAGCCGACUGAGCAGUCUCAGUGGAAGGUCAUUCAAUCUGUUAUUGGUGGAUGCCCGUCUAACGUCACUGGCAACCUUCCUGAGAACCCCGACGGCCACGGCGCAGCGACCUUUCCCGUCACUAUGCCCGAAGAUAUGCCCUCCGGCCAGUAUACGUUCGCAUGGACCUGGCUGAACAAGAUCGGCAACCGAGAGUUUUACAUGAACUGCGCUCCCGUCCAGGUUGGGUCGAGCGGUGAUGCCUCUGCCGCAGAUGUUUCGCAAGCUCUCGGUAGCCUUCCAGACAUGUUCGUUGCGAACCUUCCGGCCACGAGCUGCUCCACUACUGAAGGCGAGGACUUCGAAUACCCCAACCCUGGAAAUGCUGUCACCACUGGGGCUUCCGCUGCGCCCGGCGCCGCGACUUCGGGUGCUGGAUGCGCUUCGAUGGUGGCCAUGGGCGCCGGUGCUGGGCAGUUGGGCUCUCCCGCCGAGGCUACUGGUGCUCCUGCAUCUUCUGCCGAGGCCAGCGCCCCCGCUGCGACCACUCCGGCUGCCACUCCGGCUCCGUCUAACCCCGGGGGUGUUUUUGCCCCGGGUGCGUCUUCUGCCGCGCCUGUGGCUUCAGAACCUGCUGCUACCCAGCCGGCUGCUCAGCCUACCCAACCUGCUGGAACGGGCGUUGCCUCUCCUCCAGCCAGCACUGGUACCCCAUCGGUCCCAUCCUCUGGCGACUGCACUCCUUGCGAGACUGACGGCGCCGUCGUCUGCAUUGGCACCAACCAGUUCGGUCUCUGCAACCGUGGCUGCGCUGUUGCGCAAGAUCUUGCCAUGGGCAUGUCUUGCUCCAACGGCGCCAUCACUCGCCGCUCGAUUCGCUUCCCUCGCGCUCAUCUUCACCGCCGUCACGGCUCCGAGAUGAUCUAAGCGCGAUACCUCGUAUCGUAACUUGAUCACUGGGAUAGUUGGCGCGACGAAGCAUUUCUAGGAGUUGCACGGUUGGGUUGCGCAUUUCAAGCGUGUGG